CCUUCGAUAUUGCCAUCGCAAUCGCCGGCUAAGCAACCAAGGCAAUAUCCGUGCAGCCGUUCAUGCGUGCAGCCCUUUGCAUUCGUACACAUUUCGCGCCACCACCCUCGGGCAACUGACAUUAGCUUAACACAAAUCCCUGUCGCGUUUUCGCGACGUUCUCCAACAAACCUUGUGCGCUUUUGACAUUUACCAACUUGGCAUAUCGCUACAUUCCUGCGGCCAUACAGUGCUUGUUGAGUAGUUCAGUGUGCAGUUUCAGUACAAAGCACCAAGCACAGCUCAGCUAGUCAAAAGGUGUCGAAAAGUACUUUUCAACAGUUGCGUCAGUUGGACGUCGGUGGCCUAAUUGAACGUUCCAUUACACAUAUUUGGAAUAAUAAAUAGUAGAAACAGUGAGCAACAUUUUUUGUAUACCACUGGAUCAUCAUUCAAAAAGCGUUAAAGAUUGAAACUUUCGAAAGCAAAUUAAUGUGCAAAACAGUACAAAAUGUGCUACAUCAGUCGCUGUAAACGAAAAACUUUACUUUUGGUAAAUUCAAGUAGAAAACUUUAAUAUCCACUACAAAACUACUCUUACCUUAAACCUGUGAAACAAAAAAAAAACCUUACUAAAAUCCCAAAAAAUCCCAAAACUAAAAAAAGCUAUGUCGACGAAGUUCUCCGCGCAUCCUGACUUGGCGGUCGAACAAUUGCAACGAGCCGAGCUUGCAGCGCGACAGAACUCAAGCAAAUCACACGCGCAUCAUAGGCGGCAUCACUCUGUCGGUGCGGGGCUAGACAGCGGGCAUAGUACACCGAGUAAGUCUACAACUUUAAUUUCCAAUGCCACAGUAGAUAAGACAAAUUCAAGUGGCGCCGGCGCCGCCAGCGCAGCGGAGCAGGACGCGUACUCACGUUCAUCCCCAAUGCGAAUUUGUAUGCCCAAAACGCAUGACACACCAAAUGUGGAUGUGCUGGACAACAAAUUCGCCUAUAACGCCGAUAGUGUCGAUAUGGAAGAUCGGAUGGUGUUAGCGUAUAUCGAUGAUAUCGAUCUCAAUUGUGACGAUGAGGAUGAUGUUUACAUACGAAAUGCAAAUAGUCGAUCAAGAAACACCAAAGACUGUGUAGACUGUACGUCGUCGUCGUCGUCGUCGACGUUGCGGUGGUCAGCUGCAGGCGUUGCUGCCUCAUCACAACAACAGCCAGAGCAACAAGACGCCACUUCCGUGGAUGAGCCGGAUUACUUGCAGCAUCGCUUUAGUCGAACAGCAGCUAGUUGUAGUAGCCGGCUGCCUCACAACAGCAUCAUCAGCAUUGAUUACUACACCAGCGACCCGCGUGCCUCACCCAUACACGCCAUCAGCGAUGGAUGUGUCAGUGGCUUAAGCAGUGCUUUAAGCUCACCCUCGGCCAGCACCGUAUCGUCGCCACUUUCAACGCCGACAAGACUUGCGCCACAUUUUCAGCAACAAAACCAAAAUAACUACAACGGCAGCAAUUGCUGUCAAAAGUCGCUAACAGCGGGUGUUUGCUGUGGCGGCGGUAGCGCCAACAGCGACAGCGAUAAAAGUUGCAAUCAUCUUCAUCACCACCACAAUCAUCAGCAGCAGACGCCACAGCAUCUUCACAACCAUCAUCAUCAUCAUACAGUGGCUUCAUCUACGUCGCUUAAGUCCACAUCUAAGACGGCGGCGGCUGCAGCGUCGCCGUCGUCGUCAUCAUCAUCAAGCGGAUGUAAAAAGUCACAGAAAUUUGAUCCUCGACUACUCGGCCCGUCACGAUAUCGUCAACUUUUGCCAGUUGUGCUUUGCAUUCUAUCGUUCGCGAUCGUCUUCAGCAUAUUAAUUGUUUACAUGGAUACGACAGUCGUAAACGAAUACACAGACUUAUUCGAAAACGAAGACGAGUACGAAGAGGAAUACGAAUACGAAUAUGAUCACGAAUACGAAAAUAAAUAUAAAGACCAAGGCAAAUGCGAAUACGACGACAAACACGAUUAUGAAGACAAAUACGAAAACGAAUGUGAAGACAAUUACUUAGAUGAAUUCCACGACAAAGACGAAUACGAAUACGGAGAUGUUUACGAAGACAAAGUCGAAUACAAAUAUAAAGUCGAAUGCAAAGAUGAAGACUAA